AUGGCGGGCUUCCUGGAUAACUUCCGCUGGCCUGAGUGUGAGUGCAUGGACUGGGGGGAGAGGAGGAACACUCUGGCCUCUAUCGGAGCGGGAGUCCUGUUCUUCAGCGGCUGGUGGAUCAUGAUCGAUGCCGCGGUCACAUACCCGAGCCAGGAGCAGAUGAACCACGCCUUCCACACCUGCGGCGUCUUCUCCACCAUCGCCUUCUUCAUGAUCAACGCUGUGUCGAACGGUCAGGUGAGAGGAGAUACGUACGGAGAGGGCUGUCUGGGACGCACAGGGGCCCGGCUGUGGCUGUUCUUGGGCUUCAUGAUGAUGUUCGGCUCCCUCAUCGCCUCCAUCUGGAUCCUGUUCGGGGCUUAUGUUGUUCCAAAGAAGGAGGUGGCCCCAGGACUGGCGGUGUUCUUUCAAAACGCCUUCAUCUUCUUCAGUACUCUGAUCUACAAGUUCGGGCGCACAGAGGACCUUUGGGGCUGA